AUGAAAGCUCCUCCAUUCACUGACCGCUUUCCCUCGGAAAACAGUGCGACCGCGGCAGGUCUGAUCCCGAUCGACCCCAAGGAAGGAGGACGGUAUGGAUUCGUCCACUGUGCCCUGGAAGAUAUGGUGCGCACGAAGCAUGGAAUAGACGCCUGGGAAAAGAUAUUGCGCAAAAGCAAGAUCCGUAUGCAUGGCGGUUCUUUCCUCAUGCAUCGUGUGUACGCAGACGAUGUCACUUUCAAGCUGGUGCAGUCAGCGUCCGAAGUGCUGGAGAUGAGCCCAGACGCCUGCCUCGAAGCGCUGGGCUGCCACUUCCUCUAUUUUUGCCAGCAGCACGGAUACGACCACAUCCUCCGAGUGCUGGGCUCAAACCUGACUGAUUUCCUAACGAACCUCGACAACCUGCACGACCACCUGGCGUCCACUUAUCCAGGCAUGAGUGCGCCUUCUUUCAGGGUUUCACCGGGACCAAUGGGUAGCCUGCAUCUUCAUUACUGCAGCGAACGCAGAGGCCUGCACCCGAUCGUCAAGGGUCUGGUGAAGGCCGUGGCACGGGAGUUCUUCGACACGGAGGUCAACGUGAACACGUGCAAGGUCACGGACCGAGGAGACCGCGUCACUGUCCUCAUGGAGGUGUCUGAGUGUAUGCUCAAGCUCGCCCCCAUCGAAAUCCCGGGUCUGAUGCAAAAGAGAUCAUCCUUUACAUCGGCCCACAUCACCGACCAUCUGAGCCAGAGUCCGCAAGACCUGCCCGUGGACACCAAGACCUUCUGCUCCGCGUUUCCUUUCCACGUCAUCUUCGACCGAGACUUCGUUAUUCACCAGGCGGGAAAGGGCCUCGUGCGGCUGACGCGAUCCAUGUGGCAGCGCGGCAAGCCCGUCCUCUUCACCGACAUGUUCAGCAUCUGCCGGCCCGUCAUCGAGUGCAGCUUCGAGAGUAUUCUGGGAUUCCUCAACCAAGUCUACGUUGUCACAGCCAAGGACGGGGUGCUCGAGAAAGACCGCAAGUUCCCGCAAGCCAAACCGGCCGCCUCGCCCACAGGCAGUCGGCGCAAGCUUCUUCGACGACUCAACAGCACCGUGGAGCCACCUCCGGACGGCGUGCUGAGACUCAAGGGCCAGAUGGUGUCGCUGCCGGAGGCCGACUGCCUGCUCUUUGUGUGCUCGCCGCGGGUGAAGAGCCUGGAAGACAUGCACCGCGUCGGCCUCUUCUUCAGCGACCUGGCCCUGCAUGAUCCCGUUCGUGACCUCAUACUCAUCUCUCACCAACGCCGCAGAGAACGCGAGCUCGUCGAGAAGUUGGACGAGGCCUCCAACCACCUCAAGAUCCUGGAUUCUAAACUGCGUGAGGACAAGCGGCGCACGGAGGACCUGCUGUGCUCCAUCUUCCCAGCGCGCGUGGCUCGCAACCUGUGCUUGGACCUCCCCGUCGAGGCGGAGAAGUUCGAGAUGGUGUCGUGCCUCUUCUCGGAUAUCGUCGGAUUCACGGCGCUCUGCGGCAGCGAGAACGUCCAGCCCAUGGACAUCGUGCGCCUCCUCAACCGCCUCUACGUACAGUUCGACUCCCUCACAAACGUGCACGGUGUGUACAAGGUUGAGACCAUCGGCGAUGCGUACCUCGUCGUGUCGGGCAUACCCGAAUUCACGGAGGACCAUGCUGACCGAGUGGUCGUCAUGGGGCUAGCCAUGCAGGCAGUCACACGGACCGUCCAAUCACCAGUCGAGGGACACGCCAUUGAGAUACGGAUUGGAAUUCACUCGGGCCCUGCUAUGGCUGGAGUCGUUGGUACACAAAUGCCUCGCUACUGCCUCUUCGGCCACACGGUCACACUGGCAAACAAGGUGGAAAGUCACGGAUUGCCCAAGCAGGUCACUAUCACGGAGGAAACGAAACGGCAUCUCAAAAAGGACGGUUAUCUCUUCCUGGCCACGAAGCCUGUCACCGAGCUUCCGGUGCGCUGCUACAACGUGUCCCGGCCAGGAGACAAUGUGGCGCCUGAUCCUGCUACUCUAGGACCAGCCCUGUACGGAGGCGGUGGUCACUUCCGGUCGCCCACUGGGUCACCGGUGCACUCAGACAGAAACACGGGUUCUCGCAGCUCAUCCACGCCAUCUCCCGGCGGAUCUCCACUCGUCGCUGGCGGAGACGCCAUUAAGAACGCUGAGUGUCCGGGACAGUUUACGCCACCUAUCAAGCGGAAGCACCGUGGUCAGAUGUUCGAGUUUCCUACGGUAUCCACGACCAGGCAAGACUCAACACCCGACAGUGGCUCCGAGUGCAAGUUUCUGCAGAGCUUCGACGACGCCGAACAAGCUAGGGAGACUACCGAUCCCGUCAGUGACGAUGACGACCCUUUUGACGAACCAAUGUGCGUCAUCAACGUAGAGUCGGCAAGCAGCCAAGAGUUGUCCCUGAGUAGCGACACACUUUCGUCUCAAGGAGCGUCACCGUGUGCCGAGCGCACGACCAAGGGCAUCACCGGCUGCCAUGCGCCAGCCCUCUCUAAGACGGACUCUCCUCCGGAAGAAAUUCAAAAUGACCAUAAAGCUUUCCCAAGUGGUACUCUGGCUGCGAAAGAGCAAUCGCAGGCAAGUAGCCAUCUAAACACCACCUCGAAGAUAGCAUGUUCCGGCCCUAACGACACUCUAGCUUCGAAGGAGGUUAAGGCAUCGAAGCGAGCGCCUACGCUCAAGUGCUGCCCGUUCGGGUCACGAAAUCAGGACCUGAACGAGAACCUCGAAGAAGAUGAACCUCGGAGUGCCACCAAGUUGAAGCCCAGGUGUCCGUUCCGAUUGGGCGGAGACGAAGACGACGUCGACCGGCUCCGAAGCCCACUCAUGCAGAAAGGCAGCAAGGGCACCCGCAGUGGCCUGUCUUCGCUGGCUCGUUUCUCGUUCAGCGAUAUCCGGGACCCCGCGUCCACUUGCGGCGUCCCGACCGUGGUCGUCAAGGCCGCCAAGGAGGCUCAUGGUUUCUUUCCAGGACUACGCAGUAUGCUUCGCCGAGGAGACAAGAAAGCCCGCCAUUCGUCGACCAGCAGUGCACCACCGGGUUCGGAUACCCUGUCUCCAGAGUCGCUCGUCGAAUACGCUACGGACGACUCCGGCGACGCCGCCUCCAAGGGUGCGUGUCCGAUGAGGCGAAUGUUCUCCCAGGUGCUGACGGUGAACUUUAAUGAAGCCGAGGGUGCGGAUGCACAUCCCCCGGGUAAGCGGACUCAGAGCUGUUACUCCUUUCGACACCUGGAGGACGCCGAACUGAGUGCCGCCGAACAAGGAGAAACCAGACUCCAGUCGCUUCAACUGCCCCAGCUGAACUGGCAUUUCCCCAGACUGAAACAACGAAUCACGAAAGGGAGCCUCUUUAGCGGCGCCAUUUUUCCGUCACCUAGGUAGUUGGGUUCGCCGAACGUCCCGCUACUCCGAGUGCCUGUGUGAGUGUUUGGACGCGUGUACAAAGCUGAACAGAGUGAACGUGAUGUGAAAGUGCUUGUCUGGACUCUUGAUCUCAUUGUUGUCAAUAGGUCGCCUGUCUAUCUUCCUUUUGUACCGAUAUAAGUUAGUGAAGAGGCGGGCCAGAGUUGGUCACGGACGCGUUACCGCGUUGCUGACAACGGCUCUCAGGAGGUUUUCAUCAUUAGCGCAGUAGCAUUCGCGCCUUCUGUGUACGAAAGUGAUGAUGCAUUGCUUCUGUUCAGUUGCGUCGGUGAAACGCAGGGUGCAAGUUUUUUGAUUGAGUGGGUGUGCUGGAACUGCUGUACUAUAUAUAACGCUGAGCGACUACCUUAUGAAAAUACGCAAUACGAAACUUGAAAUUUCGGAGAUAUAUAUUUUUUCAUCCGCACGCAGCAGGACUACGGAAAAAGGAAUCGCACCCGCAAAGUGUUCUGGCGCUUCAGGUGACGAGAUCAUGUGCUCUUUCUGGAAGGCUUUCUCAAUAAUACUAUACAAUUUUAAAAACAGUUUCUUUCAGAAGCAGGACGCAUGCUGCCAUUCUGAACUGGAAAUGACUUAGUACUCCAGGGUAUACGAUUUGGGUUUACCAUAAUCCGCAAAUGAAGCCUCCUCAUUGAGUUGAAUAGAACUUUUCUAAACAUGCUUUAUCGCAGGGUGUACGAACCUGAAGAACCACUGAUUGCUUGACAAACUUCACCAGCUACUCCUAAACGCACCAAAUUCUGGUAUUUCCCUAGCUGCGACAGAUGACGGAGAUACUUGCCUUGCCUAAUCAAAGCCCUGACAAGACAGUCAAGGACAAUCUUUUAGAACAUAAACUGGUAGGUUUAACUAUUCGUUUAUUCAGCAUUCCUCAGCAAGUUACAUUUUAUGAAUGCUACUAAUAUUACCUUUAUAUUUUGCUAACGUGCGAAGUGUAUACUCACAGCGGAAGUGAUUGGUUGCCAAUAUAUAGUAGAAACCACGCAGCUCUAAUUGGCAUAGAUUACAACGGUUACGCAAGCAUAUAAAUUACCAGUGAAGGGAAGGACGUGCGCACUACAAAUUCUUUAGCGUACUUGUCGGCGUUACACUACAACGAAGUUUAUAAAACUUGAAGGAAGUCACAAUGGUACGCCAACGUCCUGAUCAAUAUUUGCGAAAUGUAAGUGUCGGGCCUGCUAUAUGUUUUCAAGAAUUAACAGAAGAAAUCGAACGAACUUUAGCGUGUUCUGUUGCGUACGGUAACGAAUG